UAAGACGUACGUGCAGUGCUGUCAUGCUACUAUAGCCCCUCGAGCGCCUUUUAAGAAGCUACUCACUUGAUCUUUUCAAGUUCACAUUAGUCCAUUCGUUAUUGAACCGCAGCCAUGAGUGCAAUGGCACUGCAAUCAGUGCCUGUUAGCUUCACUUUCGUGAACCAAACAGCUUCUUCUGUGGUGGCUAAGCCAGACGAAGAAGAUCUUGCCAUAAUCAAGAGCCAUGCAAUGCGAGCAGUCCACCGCCAGCGACGCGCUUCGCCGCGGAAACCCGUGCGACCCCCGAAGCUCGCAGCACCUCUCGCGACCGAUUGGGAGGAUUUUGCCCUCUGCAAAUUCUUCGAUGACUUUGUCUUCCCAAAGGAGAACGCUAGUGGCAACGCCUUUCGAUACCUCGACUUCCUCCCCAGCAUCUACAAACGCGACGCCAGACAGUCGCAUCUUACUGACGCCGUACUCGCCGUAGCGUUGGUCCAUUUUGCGAAUCAAAGGAGAGUCGAUGGUCUCAAUCUGCGCGCGCGGCGAAAAUAUGCCCGCUCGUUGAACCUCGUAAAUCGGUCGCUGGCCAACCCAGUGGAGAAGGGGAGCGAUGAGGUCCUGGCGACCCUGUGCCUGCUGGCUAAGUACGAGAUCAUCAGCGGCGACGAAACCGGCCUCUGGAGAUCACAUGAGAGGGGUCAGGCAGCCCUGAUUAACCACCGCGGCAAGGCGCAGCUGCAGACAGAGGCUGGCCUGGGCCUGUUCCGCCUGGUUUGGAUUCGUCAACAACUGAACUGCAUUGCACAGUCCGCGGCGCCGCCCGAACGGCCUACAUUCAACUGGGACGCAGCCUUCCCAUCACCACACCUCAAGCACUUGAUGCUGCUGGUCUCGCGUCUCGUGCUGGGCCGCUCCCAAGCCCGCGAGUUAUUUGCAGAUGGCUAUGCGGCCGUGGCAGAAGAAAAGACAAUGGAGCAGCUUCAGUGGUCGCACGAGGUCCAUUCGAUCAAUGAGGACAUGCUCAGCUUCAGGCAAUCCCUUCCACUCGAACUACAUCACUGGUCUAUUUCUAGUUGCGAGGUCAUACAUGAGGCAGGUCGGGUCCGCGAAGCGGCAGAGUAUUUCCCCGUGCACCUAAACCUGUUCCAUAACCUCCACCACGCUAGCAUCUGGCACAUAUACACCUACUGCCAGAUAUAUCUACUUCAGAGCCUUAUCCAGCACACGUUCCCUCUCAACGACUGCCACCAUGAUGCACAGCAGCAAGUCCAAGAGGCAUCGUUGACGUUCACCACAACGGUACUCCCGGAUAUGUGCCUGCAUCUCCGCCUGCAGCAAGCGAUAGACGACGUCUGCGCGAGCGUACCCUUCCUCCUCGGCUGGUCCGACGACGCGCGAUUCUUGAACACGGCGGGACGCGGCCGAGGGAUUGCCUGCCACUACAUUAUCUGGGUGCUGGCAGCCGCUUUGUCGAUACGUGAGGUCCCGGUCCCCAAAGCCCAGUGGGAAUGGAUUCGCGCUCGAUUGAUCGAGGUUGGCUUUCUUCAUGGCAUCAGGCAUGCCUUGGUCUUUGCGUGACGGCCGCGGUAUAACUGCAACUUAGAUGCGGCACUUUCGCCGCCAUCGUCGCUCUGGCCGGGAAAGAUACGAAUAGCGGCCUCGCAGGCGUAAGUUUUAAGGUUCGUAGAGUGCGUUAAAUACUCGCAUCGUUUAGAAUACAAAGUAGAACCUAGUCUGGCGCACUUUUCCUUGCUAUUGCGUUUAAAGUUCUUCCAGAUUUCUGAUAAUGUGCUGAGCCACCCCGCGAGAGAGAUCUCUCACUAUUGUUGAGUUCCGCAGUAUUCGCGCUCUGAAGCCUCGGAUGUUGAGAGAAUGAUUGUCCGAAUGGGCCGGGGCAAAGCCAUCAAAUCAUUGACGAUAAGGGAGCCUUCAAUUAUAUCCCGGUAAUGUCAAAGAC